AUGCAGAGCCCAGUAGUCCCAUCAUGCGCUGAGAAAGCACAACAAGCGUGUGUAGCAUGUAAGCUGCGGAAGAGGAAAUGUGACAAAGGACUUCCACAAUGCGGUUGGUGCGCGAGUAAAAACCAAGUUUGCGAUUACUCUCCAUUAGGCCAACAUGGCAACGACUCAACAAGCCAAUGGUCAUAUCCCUCAUCGCUCGACGAAAGCCCGCGAAAAUCACCGCCCGUCGACUUUCCGACUAUUCUUUUCAUGGAUCCAUCAAUCCUACAGCAUGGCCAGAUUGAGAGACCUCGUGUAACGUACCCUGUACCAACCUAUGUUAUGCAGUUUGUGGGAGAUAUGGCCGAAGUUAUAACAACUGCCUCUACGUAUUUCGAAACUGUUCAUGUAUGGAUGCCAAUCAUCUCCAAGAAGCGUUUCUACGAUCACCAUCUUCAACUCUUGUUCCAUUGUCAGCCAGAUUUUACGCUCCUGUUCCUCGCCAUGAAGCUCAUUACAAGCAUACUACCAGAUGAGUUAGCAAACCCACGAACACCAGCAUACAACGCCGCAAAACACUUUUACCUCGAAAUGGAAGCCUCCGGCAUGAUAUCCAUUCAAGUCUUGCAGGCCGGCUUGCUUUUGUCACUUUAUGAAUUGGGACAUGCCAUAUAUCCUUCUGCAUACUUGUCAAUUGGCGCUUGUACCAGAUAUGCUUAUGCGCUUGGUAUCAACAAAGACGCAAAGACACAGGCAAUCAAAGUGCUUACUUUGGUUGAGCUGGAGGAAAACAAGAGAGUUUGGUGGGGAAUUAUUAUCUUAGACCGAUUUUUAAGCACUGGCAGUCCAGGGAGACCCUUGGCAACCGGAAACCCUAAAUUAAGUGAUCCUUUGCCAGCCAAUGAUGCUGCGUGGGACGCAGGUGUGAUAAUACAGGUAGUGGAAGCCACUUCGGCUACCCUAUACUCUCCAACAAAUACGCAUAUGAGCAAGUUCUCGUUGCUAUGCCAGACUGCAGGGUUGCUGGGACAAGUUCUCGAUCACAUCUCCUGCCCAGUCCUGAACCAGAAAAUGCACGAUGAAGAAGGAAUUCAGCUGAAUCAAACACUCCAAGCCAUGAUCGCUGUCUCAGAAACCAUGGAUCCACCAGACAAUGAUCAAAUAGGCAUGAUCUACAGCACUCUCAUGACUCUUCACAGUAUCCCCCUUUAUACCAGCAACAUGCUUCAUGAUAGCACAGACCGAAUUCAACGUGGUAACACGGCCUUAGAAACGACGUUAAAGAAGAUGGCUAAAUGCUUGCCAAACAAGUCGAUGCACUUAACUCGAAAUCGUGAAGCGGUUUCACCUUGGGGUCUCUACUGUGUAUACCGAGCGGCUGUAUUAUACAUGCAACGAAUUCGGGAGACUGGGGACUCGGGUGCGGUUGAGAAUCUAUUGCUCUUGAAGCAAUCACUCAGCACAAUAAGAACAAGAUGGAAUGCUGCAGGUACACGUCAUAAACUCCUUGCAAAGUGGAUCUUAGCUCACGAUCUUCCAGGGGUAUAUCUUCAGUUGCUAGAGGUGCAUGAGGUGGUGGGCAAUGCGUGA